AACAAUGAAGAAGCUCGGGGCCAGAAGUGCCGCGGCCGCCGGGCGGGAAACAACGUGACAACGUCAUUUGCUUUCUCACCCAUCGCCAGAUUCUCUCGUUCAGACUUGCCUCUCUUCUCGGCUUCUCAGUAUUCAAUCUCACCGGCUUAUCCCUUGACAUUUGUUUGUCUGGGGGCAUACGCACUAUCUCCGCGCAAGUCGGUCGAACUUCGUGGUCUUUACACCUCACCGGGAACCUACUCUUAGUUGAAUUUCGACCUAUUCCUCACACUCUCCCUCUACAUUGCACCGAUCUCUAGCCCACCAUGUUGUCGCUUCUGUGGACGGUCUUCUUCAUUCAUGUCGCCAUUUAUUUGGUGAACACCAUUGGUGCCAGCACCAUUGAUAACUUGCUAUGGCUCCUCUACCUGAAAGUCCCGACGCCCACGGCGAAGAAAGCCAGAGAACAAAACCGACUGAAGCGCGAGGUCGUCCAGCUAAAGCGGGACAUGAACAACACCAGCUCCCAGGAUGAGUUUGCGAAAUGGGCAAAGCUUCGACGACGACACGACAAGACGAUGGAGGAAUAUGAAUCAAUCAACAAGCAACUCGUUUCGCAGAAAUCCUCCUUCGAUUGGGCCGUUAAAAUCGCCCGUUGGCUCGGUACAUCCGGUCUCAAGCUCUUCCUGCAGUUCUGGUACUCGAAAACGCCCGUCUUCAUGCUGCCGGAGGGUUGGCUUCCAUACUACGUGGCGUGGGUUCUGUCGUUUCCCCGCGCACCGCUCGGGUCGGUGAGCAUCCAGAUUUGGAGUAACGUGUGUGCGACGGCAAUUACGACCAUGGCGGAGGUGGUUACGGCGGUGUUGCUGCAGAGAGGCGGAGUGACGGGCCCUGUUCCUGCUGCGGAGGCUGAAAAGAAGGCGCAAUGAGUUAUGCAUGCAUGUUUAGCUACGUGGAGUUGGAUAUAAAAUAAGAUGGCUCUUCUUUCCCCUCG